UCAUACUACACUCACUCCCUAACUCACCUAGAGAGAGAGAAUAAUAGUAACUUUUCUAUUGGUAGUGAGAGAAAGAGAUUAACAACGAGACAAAAGGGUUCAGCUUUUUUAGGGUGAAAGUGAGAUCUUUUAAACGCAUAACCAUUUAGCAUAGCAGUGUGUGAAAAAAGAAAAACAAAGACUCUCUCUGAAACAAACUAGUAUAGAGAGAGAGAAUAGACUUAAUCUACACGCCAUUAUAGUGUGGUCUUUCUUUCAGAAAUGAGAUAAACAUUCACUCCAACCAUUACUUUUUCUGCAUAUUAGUUUUCUAUAGAUAAACAUGUUGGACUAUGAAUGGGGUAACCCAUCAAACAUCAUGCUGACCGGAAAUGAAGAUAACUCCGCCGCCGCAGCUUCCGAUCAAGCCCACCGUCAAAUCUUCGACCAUUAUGCUUCUCAAGCUAUGCUAUCCGAGAAUUACUUAAACGGGUCCGGGCCCGCCAUCAACAUGAACAACUGUGAUUUCAGCCACCAACACCAUCAGCAGCAACAACAACACUUUAGCCCACAAGCCCAGCAGCAUCAUAUGCAUCACUCUUUCUUCGACCCACGGGCUUUCCAUGGCGGCUCUUCAACAAACUCGUAUCCUCCACCUCAACCAUCACAGCAUCCGUUGCUUUCUCUAGACCCACUUCCUCAAAACUGUGGGCAUGGGCAUGGACAUGGGCCUGGACUCCUUCUUGUCCCGAAAUCAGAGGAUAUUAACAGGCCCAUGGACUUUGUCGGUUCGAGGAUUGGCCUUAACCUUGGUGGCCGUACUUACUUCUCCUCUUCCGAAGAUGACUUCGUGAGCCGACUCUACCGUCGGUCUAGACCGCCUGAACCGGGUUCACAUGGUUCUUCCAACUCGCCUAGGUGUCAGGCCGAAGGAUGCAAUGCUGAUCUGUCUCAGGCGAAGCACUACCACCGCCGCCAUAAGGUUUGCGAGUUUCACUCCAAGGCAGCUACCGUCAUAGCCGCUGGGUUAACUCAGCGAUUCUGCCAGCAAUGCAGCAGGUUUCAUCUUCUUUCUGAGUUUGAUAAUGGAAAACGUAGCUGCAGAAAGAGAUUAGCUGAUCAUAAUCGUCGCAGAAGAAAAACUCAGCACCCAAAUACUCAAGAAAUUCACAAAUCUCACACCACUUUGGAAAAUGCUGCUACAAGAUCUCCGCCGGAGUCGGGUACUCAAUCUUCAUCAUCGGUGACCGUGGCGGUUUCUCCCCCGGAUUAUUUUCGACAAAGGUCGUAUCAAAGCCCAAGCCCAUCAACAAAUUCAAGCUCAAUGUUUUUCUCAACUGGGUAAUGGAAGCAAAGCAAUGUGUAGCUAGUAUGUAUAACUAGGAGCAUGCAUCCCCGUUUAAUUUGCAUGGCUAAUUAAGGUUAAUAUUAUAAUUAAUAUAUUUCCAAGAAGAAAUUGAUCAAUGGAGGAGCGUCAUUAGCGACAAUAAUAUAAUGAUGUAAUAGUUAAGUAAAAGUUCCACUUGUAACCUUUAUCCUAUGAUUAAUUUAAAAUUAAGCUUUAUAA